AAAGCUCUCUUCUGUAAUGAGCACAGUGAUAGUGAGGGCCACGCCCAUGACACCAACAGUGACCGUGGUCAGACCGCCAGCAGGAAAGGAUGUGGUGUUUUUGCUGGAUGGAUCUGAUACUACUAGAACUGGAUUCCCAGCUAUGAGAGACUUUGUCCAAAAACAAGUAGAGACACUCAGUGUGGAUGAUGGCAAAGACCGUGUGUCGGUUGUUCAGUACAGCAGCGAUCCAGCCGUCCAGUUCUAUCUGAACACUUACACCACAAAAGAGAGGUCCUUGACAGUGUCAGAGGUUUGAGGCACAAAGGCGGACGACCCCUCAACACUGGAGCAGCUCUCCGGUACUUGAGGGAUAACGUCUUCACGGCCUCUGCCGGAAGCAGGCGGCCCGAAGGAGUUCCGCAGGUCCUAAUAUUGAUCACUGGUGGAAGAUCAUUUGACAGUAUUGAUGAACCGGCCUCUGCUCUCAAACAGCUGGGUGUCUUGACCAUUGCAAUUGGAACCCGAGGCUCUGACCCUAGAGAACUUCAGACCAUAACUGGCGAGCCCAGUCAUGCUGUAUCUGUGUCUGACUUCACUGACCUUCCCAAUGUUCAAGAACAGCUCUCCUCUGUAAUGAGCACAGUGCUAAUGAGGGUCACACCUUUGACCCCAACAGUGACUGUGGUCAGACAGCCAGCAGGAAAGGAUGUGGUGUUUUUGCUGGAUGGAUCUGAUGCUACUAGAACUGGAUUCCCAGCUAUGAGAGACUUUGUCCAAAAACAAGUAGAGACACUCAGUGUGGAUGAUGGCAAAGACCGUGUGUCGGUUGUUCAGUACAGCAGCGAUCCAGCCGUCCAGUUCUAUCUGAACACUUACACCACAAAAGAGAGGUCCUUGACAGUGUCAGAGGUUUGAGGCACAAAGGCGGACGACCCCUCAACACUGGAGCAGCUCUCCGGUACUUGAGGGAUAACGUCUUCACGGCCUCUGCCGGAAGCAGGCGUCCCGAAGGAGUUCCGCAGGUCCUAAUAUUGAUCACUGGUGGAAGAUCAUUUGACAGUAUUGAUGAACCAGCCUCUGCUCUCAAACAGCUGGGUGUCUUGACCAUUGCAAUUGGAACCCGAGGCUCUGACAGCACAGAACUUCAGACCAUAACUGGCGAGCCCAGUUAUGCUCUAUCUGUGUCUGAACUGACUGACCUACCCAAAGUGCAACAGCAAGUUGAGUCCUCUGUGGAAGCUGCAGUUAUUGAAGUCACCCCAGAAUUACCAACCGUAAUUGUUUCACGUGACAGAAAAGAUAUCGUAUUCCUUCUGGAUGGUUCUGAUGGCACAAGGAAUGGCUUCCCUGCCAUGCGUGAUUUUGUAGAGAGAGUGGUGGAGAAACUCAAUGUGGGAGAAAACAAAGACCAUGUCUCUGUGGUCCAGUACAGCAGAGAACCAGAGGUCCAUUUCUAUCUGAACACAUAUACCACAGGGGAGGAUGUGGUGGACUCGGUCAGAGGGCUUAGACACAGAGGAGGAAGACCCCUAAACACCGGGGCAGCUCUCCAAUACGUCAGAGACAACGUCUUUACAAACUCCUCUGGGAGUAGACGCCUGCAGGGUGUCCCACAGAUAUUGAUCUUGCUAACUGGGGGAAGGUCUUUUGACAAUGUAGAUAGCCCAGCCUCAGCUCUCAAACAGCAGGGCAUUUAUGUGAUUGGCAUCGGAACUAGGACCUCAGAUGCUAGAGAGCUGCAGAAAAUAUCAUAUGAGCCCAGUUAUGCUCUGCCAGUGUCCGAGUUCACUGACCUUCCCAGUGUCCAAGAAAAGCUCUCUUCUGUAAUGAGCACAGUGAUAGUGAGGGCCACGCCCAUGACACCAACAGUGACCGUGGUCAGACCGCCAGCAGGAAAGGAUGUGGUGUUUUUGCUGGAUGGAUCUGAUACUACUAGAACUGGAUUCCCAGCUAUGAGAGACUUUGUCCAAAAACAAGUAGAGACACUCAGUGUGGAUGAUGGCAAAGACCGUGUGUCGGUUGUUCAGUACAGCAGCGAUCCAGCCGUCCAGUUCUAUCUGAACACUUACACCACAAAAAGAGAGGUCCUUGACAGUGUCAGAGGUUUGAGGCACAAAGGCGGACGACCCCUCAACACUGGAGCAGCUCUCCGGUACUUGAGGGAUAACGUCUUCACGGCCUCUGCCGGAAGCAGGCGGCCCGAAGGAGUUCCGCAGGUCCUAAUAUUGAUCACUGGUGGAAGAUCAUUUGACAGUAUUGAUGAACCGGCCUCUGCUCUCAAACAGCUGGGUGUCUUGACCAUUGCAAUUGGAACCCGAGGCUCUGACCCUAGAGAACUUCAGACCAUAACUGGCGAGCCCAGUCAUGCUGUAUCUGUGUCUGACUUCACUGACCUUCCCAAUGUUCAAGAACAGCUCUCCUCUGUAAUGAGCACAGUGCUAAUGAGGGUCACACCUUUGACCCAACAGUGACUGUGGUCAGACAGCCAGCAGGAAAGGAUGUGGUGUUUUUGCUGGAUGGAUCUGAUGCUACUAGAACUGGAUUCCCAGCUAUGAGAGACUUUGUCCAAA